AUGAUGACCACAGCUUAUGUAACACCAAGUCCCCACACUGUUAAACAGUGGCAACUAGAGUGUUUAGGACUCCUUGCAGAAAACACAGUGAAGUCCAUCAGAGUGUCUUCCAGUAAAAUCCAGACUACUGGGAGCUUGAACACAAGGUUCAGCACUUGGACACCUAUCGCAAACAAAUCAUUCAAUAAGCAGCUCUUUGAGGAAAGAGUUAGUCUCAUAAGCCAUUGGUUUGAUCUGUGGACAGACAAGCAGCGCAAACAAUUCCUCCACAGAAUGUUGAUGAGAUGCAGUAAAUCACAACUGAAGUUUACCCAAAACUGGUUUGCAGAGAGGAUUCCAGUGACCAAAGUGGAUUUCACCAGAGUGCUGCCACGUUUCAUAUCUCUGUACAUCUUCUCCUUUCUCAGCCCCAGGGAGCUGUGUGCAGCUGCCCAAGUCAACUGGCACUGGAAGUUUAUAACUGAACAGGACUGUUUGUGGGUGCCAAAAUGUGUUAAGUUUGGAUGGUUCCUGCCCUACACUCCAGCAGACAACGAAUACAGUGCUUGGAAACGACAUUAUAUUGCCUGUGCCUCCAGCUUAGAUUACUUCACCCCAAGAGAAGCCACUGAAAUCUAUGGGACCCUCAAUGAACCAAAAGCUGAAAAUGAGGAGCAGGAAGAAAGGCUAAGAGAAAAAUGGCUACGAAAAAUUAUUCGGGAGAGAUUAGCAUUACACAAGAAGGAGUUAUUCAAAGCUCGACCGCCUUGGAUGAGUGGGACUUGGAGCUCGAGAUUCUUAAAAACACGAUUACAGCCAAGUCAGGCCCAGACGAUCCAGGACCGGGCUAGACUACAGGCAGCUUUGCAACUAAUUAGGGAAAAGAGUGCUCUUUCAAAUCAUACUCUUUCAAUGCUGCUUUCUGAAGAAAUGAAACUAGCAGCAGAAAAACAGCUUGUUUUGGCCUCCUUAAAAACUUUGCCCAAAAGAAAGAAUGUGACUGGAAGCAGAUCCGACCCUGUGUUACCUUACAAACACUGUCAGCGUGUCUACCAAAAACACAGCAGUUUUGCAUAUCCACUUGAGCCAUACCUGGUUUUGAUAUCAUCCAGGAUUCCUGCAUAUGAGAUGGUGCUGGACAGCAUCAAACCUGGGGUGAUUCCUGUGUUGUAUGAACAUUGCGGAAUGACAUUGGAAGGCCUCCUUUUUCACAUAGAAAAGGCUCUGGAUGGCCGAAAAGCAAAGAGUAUAGGGAUUUUUAGCGAUGGAAACUCCAGAGAGAUCAAUUUACUUCAAGGCUGCAGAAUCAGUAUUGAGAACAUUCUGAGUCCUGAAGUGAGAGAAUUUUGGGAGAAGCUAGGUUGUGUAAUGUCUCCAGAGGAAGGUGGUUAUGUGGACAUCUUUGUUCCUCUGGCAGCAUCAGAGGCAGGGAUGGAAGUCCUUUCCCAGCUGACUCAGCUAACUGGUGUGCUCUUCAGAACCCCCACAGGAAUUGCAACUGGAUCUUAUCAGCACAUCCUUAGUGAAUGGCUGGGAAAACAGAAGGAUGGACCUCCCACCUCCACCUACUUCACUGAAGUAAAACUACAGACAUGGCUCAGAAUGACAGAGCUCCUGGAGGAGGCACUGAAAUCUGUCCGGAAGCAGAUGCGACCAUAUUUAAGUGAGCUGCAGAAGAGUAUUAGUGACAGGAUUAUUGGUCAGGUUAUGUUUGAUGCCGUGAGCAGAGCUAAAGUACAUACUAAUCAAGAAACAGCCCAGACUUUCACUGAUGGAUUAGCUGAACUGUCAAAAAGAAGCUUUGAGGAGGCUGCAAAAGAGGCUGCCACCCUGAGCCAAAAGCCUAAUUGCAGCAUCAGAGCAAAUGAGCCAACAUUUGAGGCAGUGGCUCAGUUGGAUAAAAAACUUCAGAAGGAUACCGCAGACAGACGAACUAGAAUUGCCAGGGAGCUCCUGACGAGUGAGAAGAACUAUGUACACAUGCUGGAAACUGUGAGGGAUGUUUAUGUUACACCACUGAAAGCAGCAUUAGCAUCAAAUCGAGCCAUCCUAAGUCAUGCUAAUGUUCAAAUCAUCUUCUCUGAUGUCUUGGACGCCUUACAACUCAAUCGGCAGUUUUUAAAUGAGCUGACAGAAAGACUUCAGGAAUGGAGACCAUCCCAGUGCUUAGGUGAAAUAUUCACUCAAUUUGGCUGGCAGCUUCAAACAUACACAAACUUCUUCAACAACUAUACUGUCAUUCUGAAAACCAUUGAUAUGUGCAGAGAGACCAUUCCUUUAUUCCGUGCCUUCCUGAAAAGACAUGAUAAGACUGUCGUUACUAACAUGAUGAGCCUACAGGAGCUGCUGCUCUGCCCUUCUAAAAGGUUUGAAGAGUAUCUUAAUCUUCUUUAUGCUCUGAGACUGCACACUCCUUCAGAACACGCUGACCAUGAAGAUUUGACUGCCGCAAUCAAGAUGAUGAAACAAUACAAGGAAUACAUAGAUCAGCUAAAACUGAACAUGAGCAAAGAUGAGCAAAUGCUAAAUGCACAAAGGAUCAUCCAGGGAUGUCCUAAUUUAUUAGAAGCCAACAGGUACCUGAUUAGAAUACAAGAUGUAACCCAGUUUAGCUGCUGUUCUGAGGAAAUCUGUGUUCCAUUCAGGCUCUAUGAACACAUCAGCGACCUUAGCCUUUUUCUCUUCAACGAUGCACUUGUUAUUUCAAACCGUAGCAUCUCUUAUGUGCCGUUUGAACGGACUCCAAAAACAACUUACCAGUUCUUGGCAUCAGUAGCUCUUCACAGGCUUGUUGUAGAAGACAUUCCACGUUCAAAAUAUAUCAAGAAUGCAUUUAUUCUACAAAGCCCAAAACGCCAAUGGAUUUGUUCUAUAGAGGAUGAAGAUGAUAAAUUUACAUGGCUGUCUGCACUGCAAAGUGCAAUCAACUGUAGCAUUGAGAAGAACUGA